UGUGCUGGGAUCCGCAAUCAGUCUGAUCAGUGAUCUACCCAUAGUUCAACCACAUCGACCCAUAUGAAGUUUCCCAUGUAUAACAACAUAACCCUAAUUCUAAAAUUCAUAAUAAAACAUAGAAAUGAGCAGAAACAAAGAAUUACUUUCGAAAAUUGGUCUGCGUUUAGAUGGCCGACGAGCUAAUGAACUUAGAAGAAUACGUUGUAAAUUAGGAGUAUUUACAAAACCCGACGGAAGUGCUUACAUUGAACAAGGUUUAACGAAAGUGUUAGCUGCUGUGUAUGGACCUCAUGAAGUGAAAGGUGGAAGGUCUAAAGCACAACAUGAUAAUGCUGUUAUAAAUUGUCAAUUCAGUAUGGCUGUAUUUUCUACAACAGAUCGUAAAAAAAGACCUAGAGGAGAUAGGAAAUCAACAGAAUUAUCUAUGCAUUUACAACAAGCAUUGGAAGCUGCCAUAAAAAGUGAAUUAUAUCCUUUCUGCCAGAUAGAUGUAUAUGUAGAGGUUCUUCAUGCAGAUGGGGGGAUAUACCCAGCUUGUGUAAAUGCUGCUACCUUAGCUAUAAUAGAUGCUGGGAUUCCACUGAAGGAGUAUGUAUGUGCCUGCACAGCAAGUCUAGCAAAUAAUGAUGUACCUAUGCUGGACAUCUCUCAUCAAGAAGAAAUAAUGGGUGGGCCAACAUUAACAGUAGCAGCACUUCCAAUGUCUGGAAAAAUAGUUCUAAUGGAGAUGUCUCAGAGGUUCCAUUUAGAUCAUUUUGAUAAAGUUUUAAGUAAAGCAUUACAAGGUUGUAAAGAUAUCAAAGAUAUUUUAGAUGCUGCAGUUAAACUACAUAUAAGAGACAUGGGGAGUUCUACUGGAUGGGCAAGUACUAAUCAAUGAGGAUUAACUUUUGUCAAAUAUAAAAAAAAACAAUAAAUUUUCUUCUUCAGGAAAAAAAAAA